AUUUCAACGAUUUGCAGGAGAAGAACUAGAACAAGUUUUUCUUGUGCGCCCAUGGUUUCUUUUCAUCUUCACGUGUACCUCAUAUACCUUCUUUGUGACUCGGUGUCUCAUCCCUUUUCAACUUUCCAUUUUUUCUGAAGCAUUCACGCAGUGGCAGUAAGUGCUCCUGCUACUGUACAGUACAGUUCCAGUUCAAGCUGCAGCCCCAGAAUAACGAUAAAAAGUACUAGUGCAGCUUCUACUUGUUUUUGAAAAAUAAAAUUAAAAUGUCGGCCUUGGCAUCAUCCGCGUGUGCCAGGAUCGGAAUCCGUGACUUUUCCGGUGAUGAUUAUGCCUACGUGACGCUUCCGGAUGAGGAGGGCGCUGUUGUGCGCGUAGGCCAGAUUAGGCGUCGUGCUGCGGAAGCCAAAAAGGUAGAGCCUGAGCACAUUCUCUUGUCUGACGCAGACGGAAAUACGUACGACGAUGAUGCUACAGCUUUCUGGUCGUUUGAGGAGUCCGAAGCAGCGCCUAGCCACGCGGACGGCAAGAACGCCGCAAAGGAAAAGCAGAAUGAGAAAGAUGGCGCGCGCCAGGAGCAGCCUUCGACGUGCGACGAAGGUCCGACAGCGUCAGAAAAUGAAAGCUUCGCGAUGGAGAUUGAUGAUGGAGCUCCUCCUGAUGGAGUACAGCAAGCAGUUGCAGUAGAAGUUGCGGGUAAAAAACAUAACCCGCGGCCGCUUUCUCGCAGCGCUUCUUUAGCGUCGCUGGUGUCGUCCUCGACGCCGUGCGGAGACGGCGAGCUCUUCCUCCGAGGCACUGUCAUGCAGCAGCGAUGCGAAGCUUUUGAAGAAGCGAAGCUGCUCGCGGUGCCGGCUGGGGAGGAUUGGGAGCAACUUGCUGAGAAGUUUUUUGCCGACCGGGAGGAUGUGGCGAAACACGAUGCUCCAACAGCGCUCGCUGUGAUAGACAGUAUUCACGCAGGACUGCGUGGCGGAUUUGGACGCAGGGGCGAGGCUGUGGCUGAAUUUGUUUUCAAUCGGUGCGCACCCACUCUGCAACAAAACAAGAGCUUCAUCAUGCGCAUCCUGAUCCGCGCAAACGACGACACAGAUGUAUUUUUAUUUGUUUCUGUGUAAGGAUAAUGAAGGACAAGGAUCUCCUCAGAUUUUUGGAAAUUGUUUUUCUUGAUAUAGUUGAAUGCUUCUGUUUUCAAUCUUUAUCUUUUCUGUUAAUUACAUACUCUUCACGUGUAAAACGAUACCAUAGCCAUAGAUACUGAAGAAUCAUGGCAUAUACAUAAAGUAUUUUUUUCACGAAGACGAAUUCCAGAUAUUUGACCGGUUGGGUGAAACGUUACGCGCGGAUCGGGAAGUCGCAAUUUUAGCAGUCCGUUUAAACCAUGCAAACUACGCGCUCGUUAGCCCUCAACUGCAGGAGGACCACAUAGUCAUUCUCGAAGCUCUCCAAGCUGUGCGACGGCUUAAUGGUGAGGAGGAAGAUUCUCGUGCCAUCUUUCAAGUUGCCCAGCCAUCUGUUCGUGCAAGCAAGGAGUUUCUGCUCGAUUUUUUGUUGCAGCACGGAAGCUAUACAGGAGUAAACGAUAUCGUGUUGGACUUUUUUGCCCCUGAGCUUCUCACCGACCCCGACGUAGCGGCAACUCUUCUAGACUGUGCGGCUAUCGAUCGAGAAAAAGUUCUUCCUCUCCUUCCCGAGGGGCUCUUGGCGGACCGGAGUUUUGUGAUGAGUUCUGUUCUUCGAUGUUGCUACGACGAAUACUCGUUCGACGCGUUUUUUCAUACCGCUCCGGGGAACAAGUUCCGGCUCGAUCAGGAACUCAUGAAAGAAAUCAUUCGCACCAAUGUCGUGAAUUUCCGCCUGGGGCCCUGGGACAUUCGAAGAGACCGCGAACUGCAAUUGCUUGCUUUCGAGUCGGACGACCUAUUUCGAGACCCGGCCGACCCGUGCAAAGAAGCGGAGGCGAUGGUAAUUGAUGCUCUGCGCCAAAGGGGAAGGUUGAACGAUGAUAAUCCCGAUCAACUCAGGUUUUACCACGAAGCAUACAUGCGGUGUCCCUUGUCUUUUUCUUGGGUUGAUGAGAAUCACUUCUUCCGGAGAUCCGAUCGUGACGUUAAACUUAAAGUCGCACAGGAAUGCUUUGGUGAGAUCGCGGCGACCGCUCUGCGACGCGGUGCAACUGGAAGUUCUCUGGAUGCGCACUUGUGGAGAUUCUGCAAAGGCGAAAAUUCGAGUUCGGAUAGUGUUCGCCUUCGCAGAAUCAUGGAAGACGAAGGGCGAUACCUGCGUUUUUAUGGCCCACCUUUGUCGGACGUUUUACCGGCACCAGGAAAUACAACGACUCAAGCUCAGCACAGCAGCGUCACAGAUGCGGAUACCGCUACUGCAAACAGCACAAUACAACAAGCGUCAUCAUCUAGUUGCGCGAAGAAAAAAGCCGAACGACAACUGAGCCGUAGCGGAUUGUUUGGCGUCGUGGCAAUAGCGCAGGCUAAAUCCCUGUCCCAAGACGCGCUGGCCAACCUGUGCCGAAAAUAUGGCCACCUGCUGGCAGUCACGACUAGCCGCGCAGAUAAUGUGCCGGAUCUCAAGAAAUACCUUCCGCCGCAACUGCGAACCGACAAGGAGUUUAUACUCGACCUGAUGUAUGGUGGAUACAAAGGUGCGCUGGUUUUGGCUUCCGUGGACCUUCGGAGUGACCGGGAUGUUGCUUCCGCAGCUGCGAGACUAUUCGGCUUUGAUUGCUUUCAACACCUACCAGCAGGGGUGGCCCGCCGCAAAGAUUUGAUCAUGAAUGCUUUCGAAAGUAAGAGGACGAGCAGCUACGGGCCCGGGGCAGAUUGGAUGCGUACAAACCUCGUACUUUUUCUGAACCGCGCUGAUUUACGGAAGGAUGCGAAGUUCCUGGCAAUCGCCUCCGCGUAUCAUCCGCGGGUCAUGUGGAGGCUACUGCCAGAUACGUUCCGCUUGCGCAAGCCACUUUUGAUGAAGUUUUUGACAGCUAUUAGUCGGGCGUACGGCGAGGGCCUCGACGAAGUCUGGGCUGAGCUAACACCCGAACAACGUUCCGAUCCAGAAUUGCGCGCGCUUGUCUUCAAGCCCAAGACUCGUGAUCGCACCGGCUCAAAAGCGGCUGGCAGACGUCGGAUAUCCGAUGUGAAGUACAGGGUGAACAUUGACUCCCGAAUGGCAGAGCGAAUUAGACCCGAUGAGAAAGCCACAGAUCCGCACCUCUUUGCGGCGAUCCUUCAAGGCACGUCGUUCACUCGUCGCUAUGAUGAAAGUUUCAUGAACUUGCUACCGGAGAAGCAGGUUGAUCGGGACUUCCACCUUGCGUUCUUUGGCGAACUGUUUUGGAUCCUGCAGCCAGGAGGGGGAUACGUAGAUGACAUGCCCAUCCGUUGGGAGUUGCGCCGCGACGCGAACUUCAUCAAAGCGUUGGCGCAAAUCGACCCCGACAGCGCCGUGACCAUCGCCAGCUCCAAGGUGGUCACUGAAAAGAAAUUCGUGUUGGAGAUUCUUCGAAGCAUCCCCGUCGCGGGGCACGCUAGCGGGUCAGGAACGCUGCAGCAGACGGAAGUGCGCGACGAGCGCAAGUAUCCAGACCGGCUGGUCAGGACGCUGCUAAACCGCACUUCGCCUAGCCAUCUUAGUGAUCCUGAAGUGAUGAAAGAAGCCCUGCUGCGAGAUGGAGAGCGACUUUCGAUUGCUUCUUGGGAGCUCCGGAACCGUCUGGAUUUUUUGAUGCUCGCAGUGAAGCAGAACGGCCUCGCGUUGAAGUACGCGCCGCAUCACCUCACCAAGGACGCAGCGCUGUGCCUCGAGGCCGUCAAACAGAACGGAAUGGCGCUGCAACAUUGUUCCAUGGAAAUUCGGUCGACGAGCCGAGACGUCGUUUGCGCCGCAGUCAACCAGUGCGGUCAGGCUCUGCGAUUUGUGCGCGGCAAAGAACUGCUUUCGGACCCGGACAUCUUUCUCACUGCGCUGAAAACAAACCCGCAGGCGUUGCAUUUUGGUGCCGGCUAUUUCUAUAAUGACCCGAGCUUCAUCCUUCGUUGCAUCCAAACGGUGGGCACGCGAAUACUCGGCUCGUUCAGUGAUGACUGGCCGUUCUGGACAUCGCAAGAGAAUAUGCUGAUAUUUGUCAAGUGCGAUGGGACGCUUCUCGUGAAUACUCCGCUAACGCAAGGCUUCGACUUAGCAAAGGCCGCAGUCGAAAACACAGGCGCAGCUCUCCGGUUUGUCGCGCCAAAGCUUUUGCGUGACCCAGAAAAAGGCAAAGAAUUAGCUCUCAUAGCGUUGCGCAACCCAACAGGAGGUCGAGAGGCAAUCAAAGCAGUGCCGCGGUUUCUUCAUGAAGAUCCGGAUGUGGCAAAAGAGCUCCGCAAGCUGAAACCCAGUAACAGUAUUGAUUCUUGGGCGCCCGGGGCCCAGGAUGAGCACAGCUUUUCACCGGGAGACUUCCAGGCUGUUUUGGAUGAAGAGGAGCAGCAGGACAGGGCAGGGGGCACCGAAAUUAAGGAAGACGAAGACGAAUAAAGGCUGGUCGAUGGAAUCUGAGAAAAGCAUUUUUGAGCUGUCCCCUACAUGUGAUGGGAUCAUGUGGGACAGGAUACAGAGGACGAGCAAGUGUAAGCCUGAAAAGUAGCACUAUCGAAGUUGGAUAUGGAUAGUAUGACGAUUCAGAUUCUUUAAGGAAAGGGAAACCUCCUC